AGUAAUUUCAGUGAAAUACCAUCCCUUUAUUUUACAAAAAAUAAGAGUUUCAAAAGUAAAAGGUUUUUCUUUGCGUGUAAAUCGCAACAAUGAAGAUAAUCCUGUUCAAAAUUAUUUCGACCAUUCUGUUACUGAGUUUGUUACAACGCUAUGAAUGCUGUAAUUAUGAAAAUCAAGAAUAUUAUUUAAACCAACUUUCGUACGAGCCAUUCACGUAUUUCCAGAUAUCGGAUUCAGUGUCUGUUAAAAUUAUUAACGAUAACACAACUGAACUAUCUUCAACCAUUCUUAACCGUGACGAAGAUAACGACGUCGAAUAUUUAGAUAUAUCAAAUGGUAAAUUAAAAUCUGUACAAGAAUUUGCAUUCUCGAAUAUUUCUAACUGUUUACGUUAUUUAAAAUUGUAUAAUAAUCAAAUAUCACGGUUAGACGUAAAUGCUUUCGAUUCGCUAAAACAAGUCAUACACUUGGAUUUGAGUAACAAUAAUCUUACAACAUAUAAUGAAUUCGAAGAUUUAACAAAUUUGGAAUAUUUAAAUUUAAGUAGAAAUAGUUUAAAUUAUAUAAAUUUAAAAUUAAUCCAAGGCAAUGAAGUUAAAAUUGAUGUAUCACGUAAUAAUUUAACUGUUAUUUCGGUAGAAAAUAGUACGAAUAUAGGGAAAUUAGAUGCAUCUUUUAAUCAAAUUAUCGAAUGUAAAUUAGUGGAACUAUUUUUUUUAGAACAUUUAGAUUUAUCAUUUAAUUCUCUUAAAGAUUUUAAAAAUGUAAAUUUAUCAUUAGUUAAUUUAAGUACUUUAAAUUUAUCGUAUAAUUUUUUCGAAAUUAUUCCAAAUGGUACAUUUAGUGGAUUGAAAUAUUUAGAAACGUUGAUAUUGAACAAUAAUAAAAUAAAAACAAUUAACGAUGGUAGUUUUACGGGUUUGAAUAAUUUACGAGUUUUAAAUUUAGCUAAAAAUAAUAUCGAAACUAUCUCAAAUGGUUUUUUCAUUGGUAUAAAAUCUUUAAAUAUGAUAAAUUUAUCAAAUAAUAAUUUAAGAGUUAUUGUAAACGGUACAUUUGAUCAUGAUUUACAUUUGACUGAAAUCGAUUUAUCAUAUAAUUAUCUAAAUUUCAUUGAAACUGGAGCUUUUAAUAAUUUACUAAUACCUUUGAAAAAAUUAUACUUAUCAAAUAAUCAUCUAAAAACUGUACCUCAAGGUGAUUUUAGUUAUUUAAAUUAUUUAGAUUUAUCCAAUAACGAUAUAGAAGCUAUACCAAGCUAUUCAUUUCAAAGUAUGGGUUAUUUAACUAAUUUAUCAUUAACUGGUAAUCAGAUACAAUUAUUAGAAUCCAAUAGUUUUUAUGGUUUAUGGUUUAUAAGUGAAUUAGAUUUAUCAAAACAAAAUUUAAGUUUCAUUCCAAGGGAAACAUUUAACGGAUUGAAUAGAUUGGAAACAUUAAAUUUAUCAGAAAACAAUUUAGAUGUCUUACCACUUGGUUUGUUUAAACCACUAAAGCAUUUAAAUAAUUUAAUAUUACCAUCAAUAAAUUCAUUGGUAUUUGGAAACUUUUAUGGUUUAAGUGAUUUAAGAAAAUUGGAUUUAACAAAUAAAAACUUUAGUUCAAUACCCGCUGAUACAUUUAAAGGUUUAAAUAAUUUAAAUGAAUUGCUAUUGUCAAAUAAUGCUUUGGAAUCAAUCGUAAAUGGAAGCUUUAAUCAUUUAAAUCAAUUAAAAACAUUAAAUUUAUCAUAUAAUUCUUUAGACUCCAUAAAGAAGGAUAUAUUUAUUAGAUUAAAUCAUUUAGAAAACUUAGAUUUAUCUCAUAAUGUUUUAGAAAAAUUAUUACCUGAUAAUUUUGAUGGAUUAUGCAGUUUAAAAACAUUAAAUUUAUCAAAUAAUUAUAUCAAUCUCAUAUCAGAAGGAGCAUUUAAUAGAUUAUCUAAUUUAUCGAUUUUAUUAAUAUCCAAUAAUAAUUUAACUGAAUUGAAAUACGGAAGUUUUUCUGGAAUGAAUUCUGAACAUUUACAAACUUUAGAUUUAUCAACUAAUCGUAUUGAACUAAUUUCAAUUGGAGCAUUCAAUGGCUUAACAAAUUUAACAACUUUAAUUUUAACAAACAAUAACUUAAAAUCAUUUAUGUUUGGUAGUUUUAACGGCUUAAAUCAUUUAAAAAUUUUGAAUUUAUCAUAUAAUCAAUUAAGUAAUUUGGAAAUUGAAAAAUUAUUAAUUUUAAAUGAAUUAAAGAUGUUAAAUGUUUCAUACAAUAGAAUCGUUGGAAUUGAACCAAAUAUUUUCAAUAAUUUGGAUACGUUAAAAAUGUUGAUUCUGGAUGGUAAUGAAAUUUAUUUACAUCAGAAAAAUAAUAUAGAAAAUAUUUUAUGUCACUCGAAACAUGUUUGCGUUGGUAAAACAAUUAGUUUAGGGAAUAAUUACCAAACCUGUAAACAAUUGGCAGAUGAUGUAACUGCUGCAAACGAAAAACUUAUAAAUGUAACAAGUAUGGAAAAAGACGUAAGACAUCCUAAUAUUUUUGGAAUAUUAUACAUAUACCAUAGAUGGCAACUCAGUCAAGCAACUAUGACACCGUUAGCGAGCUACUAA